AUGACUGGCCUCGAGAUUGCAGGCAUCGCGCUCGCGUCGCUUGGUGCGGCGGAGCAACUAUUCGACUGCGGAACUCGAAUUCAUAGGCGCAUGACAAAGGAGAAGCAACUCAAUCUCCUUCUGCGAGAGCUUCAAAUGUUCGAGGUCGACGAUAAUCGUCAGAUGCUCGACAAUUACGUCAGAGCGGCACAGCCGGUUCUGAGAAGCCAGCUGAUCCAACCAGCUGAUAAGGAACGGCUGACUCGAAAAUGGGAGCGGAUCAAGGACCAAAUGAUAGAGAUCAACAAUCUCCUAGACACUAUGAUGCAAAAUUCGUCUAUUUUGAACUCCAAAGCACGGCAUGAGGCGCAGGAUAGACUGCGUGACAUCGGGGGUUCUAGAGUCCUGUCAAGCCGGCUUAUGGAGUUUCGAGACGAUGUGUCCUUUCUCGAGAAGCAGUUAGCCGGGAAUCCUCCAACGCUGCUCACGGGAAAGACCUUCAAUUACAUUGACGCUGACAACCGAAGAGUGUGGACCAACGGGGUAUUUCUAUGCAAAGGGAAGCUGACUGAGCCGACUGACGACGGCAAAAGCAAAGCAAAAUGGUACCUUGCCGAACCGGUUUCGUUCAAGGCAACGGAGGACAGAGAGGCCUUGAAAGAGAGCGUGGCUAUACUGGCCAGCAAGCUUCAGAGAGCCCAACCAACGCGCGGCUUGUUCAAGCUGGUCGGGUUUCGUGAGGAGCUCGACCCUAGCAAGAGAGCGUUUGAACUGAUUUUCGGGGGAGAUUUUGCUGAAAACUUUCCGCCCAGCCUCUCCUUGUUCAUCGCAGCGAAUCCAGCCAAGCCGUCUCUCAACUUUCGCGUCAACCUGUGCUGUCAACUCGCGACCGCGGUGCUGGAAGCUCAGCUCCUCGGUCUCGUGCACAAGAACAUACGGCCAGAAAAUAUUCUCGUGGUGGAAACCGCCCAGUCGCCAAUGAAGACGGCCAGUGAAGACCAGAUCCCGUGGCUCGUUGGUUGGCAAAGCGCCCGGCAUGUCGCAGAGGGCUAUGUCACAACUCUGAGCAAUGCCGUCACGCCCCAACGAAAAGUAUACCAGCACCCCGAGCGACAGCUGCCGACCUCGGAACAUGAUUACUCCAUGGCGCAUGACGUCUACAGCCUUGGCGUGUGCAUGAUAGAGAUUCUGCGUUGGAGGAGCAUAUUGCGAACCGAGGCCAGUGAGGGCCAGCCCCCCGGCGUGUCGAACGAUUUCGUGGAAGCGUUUGCCAAGUUAAAGUUUGCGCCAAACGAAAGGGAAGAAGCCGAUCGGUACACCAAGUAUCCGCGGCAGAACAAAGCUGUGCUUUUGCGCAUCAACGAGACCUACAUCCCGAUCGAGGCUGGGGAUAAAAUGCGCCACAUCAUACAUGGGUUUUUGACUUGCCUUGACAGGAAGGAUGAGUCGGACGAUGAGGAUGAGGAGGGCGAAGAAGAAGGCGAGUACGUGCUGCUGGGAGAGGUAGAAAGACAGGAGCAGGCCAGGAAGUUUAUGGAUACUGCUCUGAUGGACCUGCGGAAAGUGUUGUGCGCGAUAUGA